AUAUUUAAAGAGACGUGCCUCUCCCCAAAGACAGUUCUAGGUUGUCGCUGAAGCAAUCUUCUUAUUUGGUCACCAGCAAGUUCGUUCAACGUCAACUAAAUAAAAUGUCUUUCACACAAGCUGAUGUCGACGAAGCGUUCAAAAUGUUCGAUAAAAAUGGUGACGGAACGAUUUCUGUUGGUGAACUUAAAGCUGCUUUGGCGGCUGUUGGCCAAUGCCACUCUGACGAGGAAAUUCAACAAAUGAUUAAAGCCGCUGACGUUGAUGCAAGUGGUAGCCUCUCAAAGCAGGAGUUCAAAAAAGUUUUGAUUGAAGGUGAUCCUAAUAUUAAAGAAAUAAAGGAAGCCUUUAAAGUAUUUGAUUCUGAUGGAAGUGGCUACAUUACUCAUGAUGAACUGAAGAAAGCAAUGAAGGAUACAGGUGUCAAACUUACUGAUUCAGAAAUUGACGAAAUGAUUGCUGCAGCUGAUACAGACAGAGAUGGAAAGGUUAAUUUUGAAGAGUUCAAGAAAAUGAUGUGCGGAGCUUAAGUCCUUCAUAAACAGUUACUGUAAUGUUUUACUGUUUUCUAUCAUCAAUUAGCUGCGUUUAGUUAGCAAUAGUUAAAAUCCAAACAUUGAAUUUCUUCGACUUAACCAUUAAACAAUGUUAUUUAUUAACAAA